CAUCUUGUAUUCUUGUUGUCUCUGAACUCUGAGGCCAAAAUUUCCUGAUAUUGUCCAAAUUCUAACCGUUCUAACGGUCGUAUCAAAAUUCUUUUCAAAUUUACUCUUCCGUUUUCUGUUUCGUGAACAUAUCACUUUUCUGCUCUUUUGUUUUUAACCCUCAUGGCUUCAGUUUCGUUUGAAAACUUGGCACCUCAAGUUAGUCGCCAAAUUUGCAAGGAACUUCAACAGCUUAUUAGUGAUCCACCUGAAGGCAUCAAAGUUAUUCUCAAUGAAGAAGACAUAUCUGAUAUUCAAGCCAUUAUUGAUGGACCUGCUGGUACCCCAUAUGCUAGUGGACAUUUUAGAGUAAAAUUAGUGCUAGGAAAAGAUUUCCCCUCUGGUCCUCCGAAAGGUUUCUUUUUAACCAAAAUAUUUCAUCCCAAUGUCUCGCAACAAGGCGAAAUUUGUGUCAACACCUUGAAGAAAGAUUGGAAGCCUGAUCUGGGUAUCAAACAUAUAUUUCUGACUAUCAAAUGUUUGCUAAUUGUCCCCAAUGCAGAGUCGGCUUUGAAUGAAGAGGCUGGCAAGCUCUUAUUAGAGCAUUAUGAAGAUUACUUUCAAAGAGCAAAAAUGAUGACUGAAAUUCAUGCCAAAGUUAGUCAAAAUCAGUCGAACGCGGAUGCCCACUUGAAUGAAGACAACAACCCAACGGAAGGCCCUACAGCAUCGAAAAAAGCUGCUACUGAUCGCACAGUUUUGGCGGAUAAGAAAAAGCCAGUGGCCAAGGACAAAAAGAGAACAUUGAAGAGAUUAUGAGCGUCACUGUACAUAAAUGCCUUUUUCUCUGUUUCUUCUUGCUUCACAUCUAGCAACGGUUUGAAAAUAUCCGUAGUCUUUCUCAGCGAUAAACUCCAUAAUUCUCCAUCUCCCAUACCAUUUGAAUUGUUUCGUUCCCGCACUUCUAUGCAGUGCGCGUUAUUUAACGAGCAAAUCUAUCCAUGUCUAGUUUUUACACUCGCGGAAGGGAGGAGAGUGUUGAUUCAGUUUCCUUUUCUUUCUCUUAAUUUUAUGCUGAUUUUUCAGUCGUGUGAGGUCGAAGGAAAUAUAAAAAAAUUUGCUGAUAA